AUGUUCAAUCGCGCACCGAGGGUCGCUCACAUCUGCCUGAGAUGUCAGCGAAAUCUUGCGCGCAAGAGCCCUGGUUGGCCCACGCCUCAACCCUCAAUCGCUCCUGGCCGCGGAUUCAUUCGCCAUCAGAGCGCCGCAGUUGCAAGAUCUAUCAACGAUGACGACGACUACCACGAGCCAGAGCCUAUCCACACGCAGAUUGCACCUCAUGAAUCCAUCACGGAGGCAUCGAUACCUGUACCUCCUCGAACCAAGAGCACUCGCUAUCGAAGGCUGAGACGGACACCCACGGCCGGUCUGAAUAUAGAGACCCUGGGCAAGCCUUCCGAGAUCAUUUUACUACCAUCCCACGAUCGCGUUAUUCCGGAGUCUGUGCAGGCUGAAGACGGGCCGAGACAGAACCUUUCAGAGGCCCUCGAAUCCGAGAAGGUACCCGUGUCCUGGGAACAGGUCAAAGAACACAUCGAGUCCACGCGCAGCAAGAUGAGGGAGCAGCGUGGCCAACUUGACACCAGCGAGUGGACAAAAUUAGCGGGGGCGUUGAAGCGCGGCUUUAGCAAAAUGCAGCUGAGAAGAUUCUUGAAAGAGCAGACUCAAGGCCCAAGUCCGACCAUACCACCAGACUCUGCAACCCGACCACAACUUGCGGCUUUGAUUGCAACGAAUGUAUGGGGUUAUCAACUCCCACAGGAAGUGAAGCAGUCGCUAUCAGACGUUGAUUCGCCUGCGAAGGAGAAGCCACCCAAGCCCCAGGCCAGUUACACGCAAGACUUCACGAAUCAUUCCGACGUCCUGCUUAUGCAGCAUGACCCGAGCUACGGCUUUCGAUCCUUAACGAGUCAACUGGGUGUCAAGGUGUCGGUCGCAGGUAGCAAAGUGACUGUGCAGGGCGACCGUGCUUCGGUUAAGAGGGCAGAGAAGUGGCUAUUGUCUCGAAAGCCUCGGUUAAAGAACAUCAACGUUGAAGGCUUCGGUGAAAGUAUGUUUGCGGACGACAGAAAGAAAAAUUUAUCAUCUCUUUUGCAGGAUCUCAGUGCCGAGUAUGGAGUAGUGGCGAGCAGACAUCCGAAGGGAGCUGGUAUGAACGUACGAUAUAUGCAAGCGAACCGCAACGCACUGGUAUCAAUCCGACGGGACCUUCGCCUCUUGACCGAAGACAACUGCAGACCUUCGUUCAUGGCUUCUGCGCGGCCAGAGCGCGUCAAGUUCGCGCCCUACUUUACCGUCGACCCUGCGCCUUGGCCGACUGAAGCAGCUCAUUGGGGUCGAGGAUUCGAUACGGUCGCGGUCGGGUCAACAGGGAUGACAAAACGUGCUGAGACCAGCGCUCAGAUCGAAGAUCACUGGGAGAGUCUCAAAAAGCAGCUCGACUCUCCCAUCAGCGAUACGCCUCUCACCGAGCCAAACAGUUUGCGCUGCGAGUUCCACGCCCGGUUCGGCAUGAACCUUUAUGCCAUGGAACCAAUGCCCAAAUACACUGGCCUCUCCAUACCCAAACAAGAGUCGCUGUUCGUCGACGAAGUACCUCUACUCGCACAAUUGUUCGUCAACAGCAACUUUCAGGAACGCCCCUCGCCUCCUGCAGCUAGCGAUAUUCCCACCAAUUCUCCUCUCGUCCUUAGACUUCUCUUGAGGCCAGUCCAGCUAUCCUCAAAGGCGCCUUCCCUUGAGAUCUACGUCUAUGGCCAGGACCCAACCAUGGGUCUGCGUCAGACUCUGAACGUUGCACGAAUCUCCGCUCUUAUCAAUGAGCAAGUCCGCAACAUCUCUCUACCCACGCUUCCCGUCGACAUCAGCUUCACCCGCCAACUCAAACAAGACCUAUUCGUCCAGCGCUCUCCAUCCACCUCUCAACACCCCACGCUCCUGCAAAGCAUCGGGCAAUACCUCAGCAAAGCCCGCAAAACGAAUGCCGAAGAGCCCAAUUUCUUCUAUUUCGCUGACUUCAUCAUUCCCGACAACUUCAUCCUAGCCUCCGAGACCGGCGAGAUCGAAUACGUGCUCUCAUCGGUCGAGACUGUGAACACCGACUCUCGCCUCACGCCCGACCUGGGCUACGGCAGCACACGCAUGACAAUGGAGCAUCUCGUCUUCGGCGGCGGUAAAUGGGGUUCCGAUCGCCAGGAACUGCGCAUCUCGCAGGUGCCGCUGCUCGCGGCGCCGCCGGCGCACAACGUCUCACUGGAGAAUCUGCGCACCGUCACGAUCGAUGUGGCGGAGCGCUUUGGCGAUAUGGCGCGCCAGUUCAGGAGUCGAAUGGAAGCCGUGAAGUAG